AUGUCUUGGUUUUUUCAAUCGAAAAUCGCCAAAUCCCACUUUUACGUGUGGUAUUUGGGCUCAAAAGAGGCCGAUGGAGUGCGAGGCAGUGCGGUACGUGGCAUUGAAAAUCUAAAAGCUGAAAUAAGCCAUUUUACAGGUGGUCUUACCGGUUAUGCGUCAACUUUUGAAGGAGUCCUUUAAGAAAACGCCGAGUAAGGCCACGGUUCAGGUGCGGUGGCCUAGAAACAUCCUCUUCCACACUCGUUUCCGAUUUCAGAUCUCCUCGAAAGGCCUCAAACUCAUUCAAUCGGUGCCUGCAAUGUCGAGAAGCGGAAAAGUGAAAAUGCAAUUGGUCAAAUUUCAAAUCGCCGCCAAUUGUAUCACCUAUAGGUUCGUGGCCUUACUUUCCAACGUAGAAAUUCUAGGCCACACGGUUUUCUUCAAAAUUAGACCUCUAGAAGCGGAAUUUGAGCUAUCUUAUGGGGCUAUUCAGCGUAUGUUUGUUUUCAGUUUUUUUUUCGUUUUUUUACACCGCUGAAUUGGGUUUUUGACGUAAAAAAACGAAAAAAAAAAUCAAUUUUUAAAUUUUCAAAUAAAAAAUCAAUUUUCAAAUCAAAUUUUUUUCGUUUUUUUACGUCAAAAAAUCCAAUUCAGCGAUGUAAAAAAACGAAAAAAACGGAAAACAAACAUAAGCUGAAUAGCCCCAUUACUCUGAAACGAAGAGAGAAAACACGGUGGCCUAACUUUCCAAUUGCAAAAAUUCUAGGCCAUCGUCACUUAUUGACCCGAUUUUCUUGAAAUUAGAGUUGUAAAACUAAAGAAAUUUUACCGCAAUAAAGGGACGAUGGCCUAAUUUUCCCGAACUUACAGUAUCACCGGAAAAGCGCCGUUCGACGACGUUGUGGGCGUAGUCAUGCUCGUACUGAAUCCCGAAAUGCAGUCUCCGAUGCACGUGCACUGUUAUCGAUGUGAUAGUGCCGAAACGGCGCAGAUAAUGUUGGCCAAUCUACAGGUACAGUUAUCUAAAGUAACCCCUCAAAAAUUCGGUGAAAUUUCAUAGCAUUUGUGAUUUUUUUUAGAGAUUUCUCUUGACCACAUUAAUCCUAGACGUACCACUGUAACCUUUGCAGCUUCUCCUCUCACGUCCCGAUGUCCAGCGCUCUAUCAACGACCUCGAGCACCGACUCUUUUUGUCCGGACUUUUGGUCCCCAGGUAUUAAAAUGUGUUUUUUUUUCUAAUUUCUGCAGUACCCCUACCCGAACUAAAGUAAUCGUUUGAACCUUUUGAGGAGCCAUAGCAACAACAACAACAACAAUAAUAAUAAUAAUAGCGAGGGAAGUUUGAGCCAGAGGCCGCAACGAAGUUGUUCACAAUCCAGAAGUGUCAGUCGAUCGACGGCCGGCGGGUACGACGAGAGAGCGUCUCCGUUGGAGAGGGAGCAGAGAAGCAGAGAGCCGACGAGUGACAAGGACACGUGGGUGGUUACUGUAGGCGAUCGGCAGUAGCUGAAAAUGGGAAAAUUUGAGCCUUUUUUGAAAGUUAAAAAUAGGAAAAAAAAGCGAACAAGUACCCAAUUUUGAACGAGUAUUGUAGAGUUCCCAGAUGUGCUAUUCUUUUGAAACAUUUUUUGUGGUUUCUUCACAUCAAGUACUGUAUUUCGUCAGUUGAUCGCUUUUUUCUACAGGCACUUUUCGGGGUACUGUAGCUCUCCGAAGUUAAUGAUAUAUUUAGGACAUUCAUGGUAAAGCUCUAACUUCCAAAAGCUACAGUAGGCUUAGAUGAGGUUUUACGAAAAAGUUGUCAACUGCAAAAAAAAAGUUUACAUCUUGUACUAUGUUUUCGUAGUUGACCACUUUCUCGUACAGCCCGUUCUAAGAGUACUGCAGCUCUUGGAAGUUUAUGCUCAAAUUAAGGCUCUAAAGUGGUUCUGACUUCCAAGAGCUACAGUACUCCAUAUAAGAUGGUUGCAGUCAAAAUGCUCGGGUGUAAAAUUGAAGUACAAUGUGUAAAGAUUACACAAAAAAAUUUCAGACCCACAAUACAUCGUUAAUAGAAUUCAGAACUCCACAAUAUUGAUAUAAAGUUAGCGCCUAUUUCUGCUUAAAUUUUGUUCAAAAGUGUUUCUCAUAGCUACUGUAGAUUACUGUAGACUCCAAUAACUUACCGUACUCCUCUUCAGACCUCCUCGACGACAAGCUCCAACAAUCUCGCGACGCGUGGUUGACGAGCUCAAGAAUCGAAUCAUCGGAGAGUCGCGUCUGAUGAACUUGGGCCGAAGUCGAGAGGUAAAAAAAAGGAUAAAGAAUAAUGUAGCCGGGAUUACCUACCGUACUUCUUCAGAGCUCUCUGACGCGUUACGAGUCUGUAAAACGGGCUUCGCUCUCCGAAUUGCCCAUCGAAUCGGAUGUUUCGAGGUACCGAAUGUUCGGCGACACGAUGCUCAGGGAUACAAAAAGCAAAUCGAGAAGUUUGGACGAUUUGGCGGCAGAUCCGCUUGUUUCUACGUACGUUUUUCGCAAAAAAUUGAAAAAGCCCUCUUUUGAGCCUAAGCAAUUUGUUGUCGUCAAACAAAAUGUUUGCAGAAAUCUGCGCGGCGGCGUCGGAGCGCCGUCUCCGCCCCGCCGAUUCCCGCGUCCCGAGUUCGUCGCCGACCCUUUUGGACACAGUUCGUACGAGCGAACGAACACCUUAGAAGGGUUCUGGAAACAAAAAAUGCGGCGCUCCAGCAGCAUAAAACUCGAUUUUUAG